AUGACUAAUAUUACUAAGUCUGAAAAAAUUGAAUAUUACAGUUUGCCAUCCUGUGAUGUUCUAAACAGAUUGCUUAAUCAACAAGAUGUGGUACCGUGUGAAGCAGAAGUGUCUGUCCUGGGGAUAUCUGCAAGGGCGAGCAUGCACAGCAAUCUCUGGUCCCAUCCAGUUUGGAGUGAAACAGGACCCAUAUUUUUAGGUGGUUUGCCUUAUCACUAUGUAACCAAACAGAUGCCUGGAUCUGUCUACAAUUUCACCGGCUGUAUACAAGUCAUAGAAAUCAAUAAUCUGGGACCUUUCACCUUUUCUAAUGCUGUGGGCAGAAGCAAUAUUGACAGCUGCAGGCUUCCCAUCUCUACACAAAUAUCAUCAGCUUCACCCGCAGCUUUUCCUGAAAAGUCUGAAGUGCUCCAGUCUCUUAUGCCCUCCUUGAAUUCUUUUGCAUUACCAACAACAUGCCAGGAGAGUUUAUGCCAUAAUGGAGGGACUUGUCAUCACAUCUAUCUGGAUAAUGGGGCCUCCUCAUUUCACUGUGAUUGCCAACUUCACUUCACUGGGCAUUUCUGUGAGAAAGAUACAGCACUGUUUUUUCCAUCUUUCAAUGGGGAUGCCUAUUUAGAAUUGCCUUCCCUAACAUCUGUAUCCGAGACCAAGAUUGAAUCUGGGCAGGAACAAAACAGAAUUAUAACUAUAUAUUUGACAGUGAAAACAACUGCUUUAAAUGGAACUAUCCUUUAUGCCAGUGAAAAGAACUUUGGAGAACAGUUUCUUCAUCUAUAUCUUGUGGAAGGAAGACCAACAGUUCGAUUCAGCUGUGGCAAUUCUCAUAAUAUUCUAACUGUGUCUGUGAAUCACUCCAUCAGCAAUGGUGUGCUCACGCCUAUCACAAUAAGCUAUAUGUUGCCUGUUGGCAGUCCUGGAAGUUACUGUAUGAUUGAAAUAGCUGCAGAAGGAAAUCCUCCUGUACAACACCAAGUCUUUCUGUCAUAUCAGGUGUCUCAGAGCACCUUUGGGUCCACAUUCCUUGGAAGUGUUCCUGCUCAGGCUGAGGUUCAUCAGUGUGCAGGGAGGAUUCAUGGCUACAGAGGCUGCAUAAAGGAUUUUCAAGUUAACAAUAAAGAGUUAUUCAUCAUAGAUGAGGCCUUAAGUGGGAAGAACAUUGAAAACUGCAAUGUUCCUAUAUGUGAUUAUCAUCCAUGCCGUAAUGGUGGUUCCUGCAAAAGUGAUACAGAAAAUUGGUUCUGUGACUGCCCUAGACUCUACUCUGGAAAGCUUUGCCAGUUCACAACUUGUGAUGAGAAUCCAUGUGGAAAUGGUGCUACUUGUUUUCCAAAAUCCAAUCAAGAUGCUGUUUGCCUCUGUCCUUAUGGAAGGGCUGGAAUCCUCUGCAAUGAUGCUAUCAAUAUUAGCCAUCCCAGCUUCAGUGGCAUGGAUGCUUUUGGCUAUACUUCAUUUCUAGCCUAUUCUGCAAUCCCAAAUAUCAGCUUCUACUAUGAAUUUCACCUAAAAUUUCUAUUGGCAAAUCACCACUCAGCAUUACAAGAUAACCUGAUAUUUUUCACUGGACACAAGGGGCAGGGUUUGAAUGGAGAUGACUUCUUGGUGCUAGGCUUGCGCAAUGGCAGCUGAGUAUACAGCUACAACCUGGGUUCUGGCACUGCCACUAUCAUUAGUAAACCACUCAACCUGACACUCACUGUUCAUGUGAUACAUCUGGGCAGAUCUCUCCGUAAAGGCUGGUUGAAGGUAGAUGAUCAGAAGAAUAAAACUGUCACUUCUCCAGGGAGAUUGGUUGGACUCAAUGUCUUCAGUCAAUUUUAUGUAGGGGGCUACAGUGAAUACACUCCAGAAUUCUUACCAAAUGGAUCCAGGUUUAAAGAUGGCUUUCAAGGUUGUAUUUUUGAUAUUCAGGUUCGCACAGGGAAUGAUCCACAGUUUAAAUCACCAGGCACUCCACCAGGCCACCCAAAUGCUGGUCGCAGCAUAGGACAAUGUAAAGAUUCCCCAUGCCAUUUAAUAAAAUGCAGAAAUGGUGGCACAUGCAUGGAAAGUGGCUCUACUGUUUACUGUGACUGUCCCAGUGGAUGGAAAGGAGCAUUUUGCACUGAGACUGUUUCAGCGUGUGAUCCUGAGCAUGUUCCACCACAUCUGUGUAAACAAGGUGCUACCUGCGUGCCAAUGCCUGAAGGAUACAGAUGCCACUGCCCUCUAGGAACAACUGGCACCUACUGUGAAGAAGCCAUAUCAAUAAGUGACCCAUCUUUCAGAAGUAAUGAAUCAUCAUGGAUGUCAUUUGUUUCCUUUUCUAUCCGACACAAGACUCAUAUCCAAAUACAAUUUCAACCUCUUUCUGCAGAUGGUAUCCUUUUUUAUACUGCACAGCACCUGAAUACUCAAACAGGUGACUUUCUAUGUGUAUCCUUAGUAAAUGGAUUUGUACAACUGCGCUACAACCUUGGUGACAGAACACUGAUCUUACAAACUUCUCAAAAAAUCAAUACAAAUGGAAGUACAUGGCAUCUACUUAAAGCAGGAAGAGUUGGUAAUGAAGGCUAUGUGGAUCUGGAUGGCAUCAACAUUACUCAAAAAGCCAGUGCUGGAAUGACUGCCCUAGAUACACGCACGGAUUUUUAUGUUGGAGGAGUAUCAUCUUUAAAUGUUGUCAAUUCGAUGGCAGUAGAGAAUGAACCUAUAGGUUUUAGCGGGUGUAUACGAGAAAUUCUUAUAAAUAACAGAGAACUUAAACUUACUGAGAGAGACCCGAAAGAUGGUUCAAAUGUAGGUGACUGUGAUGGAACUGUUUGUGGGUACACAGUGUGCAAAAACAGUGGCACAUGUAAAGUUCACAAUUCAGUCUUUUCUUGCUCUUGUCCCCCACAGUGGAUAGGAAAUACAUGUGAACAAUCUGUUUUCUGUUCACAUAAUCUAUGUAGGCACCAAGCUCUUUGUAUUCCUGAUCCCAUUUUACUUUCAUAUAGCUGUGCUUGUGUAUUAGGGUAUUCAGGUAGAUAUUGUGAUAAUGAAAGUUCAUUUUUUACUGCAAAAUUUGUAGGCAACUCUUAUAUCAAAUAUACGGAUCCUUAUUAUGCAAAGAGAGACCUCCGAUAUAGCAGUGUAUCUUUAAAUUUUACUACCAUCCAGAGCGAAGGCUUAAUUUUAUGGCUGGGAAAAGCUGAGGAUGAGGACAAUGAUUUCCUUGCAGUUGGUCUCACCAAUGGGACAUUAAAAAUUGUGGUUAAUCUUGGAGAAGGAAUCUCUGUCCCUUUAAUUCACAGUAAACAGUCACUUUGUUGCAACAUAUGGCACUUCAUUACUAUAGCUCAAAAUCAGACAUGUAUUAAGGUGUUCCUUGAUGAGAAUCUGGUUCUUUUUGAGGAUACUGAUCCACAAGGAAAAUAUAUUGCUUUAAAUUAUGGGGGCAUUUGUUAUUUUGGUGGGUUUGAACUUGGCAGAAAAGUAAAUAUGGUAACUUCAGGACUUUUUAGUCAGGAGUUAGUUGGUAAAAUUAAAGAUGUUGUACUCUUUCAAGAUUCUAAAAAAAUUCAAUUAAUCAAAGCAGAAGGCUACAAUGUUUAUAAUGGAGAUAAUCAGGAUUAA